AUGUUUAUGUACCCAAUAUUUAUCACGGACGACCCGUCAGCCAAAGUUGAUAUUCCGACUUUGCCGGGUCAAAGUCGCUGGGGCGUAGAUAGAUUGGAAGAAUUCCUCGGACCUUUGGUGAAGAAGGGGCUGUCUAGCGUUAUUCUUUUCGGUGUCCCACUCAAAGCUCAAAAGGACGAAAAAGGAACACCGGCAGAUGAUACUGAGGGUCCAGUUAUUCAGGCUAUUAGGCGCAUUCGAAGUGCUUUCCCCUCCCUCUACGUCGCGACCGAUGUUUGCCUUUGCGAGUACACUUCACACGGGCAUUGUGGAAUCCUCAACCACGACCAUACCAUCAAUACGGAGCCUUCCACUGAAAGGCUUGCACAAGUUGCCCUUUCAUAUGCUCAAGCAGGGGCCCAUUGCGUAGCCCCUAGCGACAUGAUGGAUGGUAGAAUCUUGGCCAUCAAACGCAAGCUCAUUGAUGCUGGCUACGGGAACAAGGUCACAUUAAUGAGCUAUGCGGCCAAGUUUGCGAGUGGCCUUUACGGUCCGUUCAGGGAUGCUGCUGGAAGUGCUCCAUCGUUUGGUGAUAGAAAAUGCUAUCAGCUGCCUCCGCAAGCAAAGGGUCUCGCCCGACGAGCUAUCAUUAGAGAUGUAAACGAGGGUGCAGACAUUAUCAUGGUCAAGCCGGCGUUGCCCUACCUGGAUGUCAUCUCCGACGCCUCUGAGCUCGCACCCGAUCACCCGGUUGCAUGCUAUCAAGUUAGCGGCGAAUACGCAAUGGUUGUCGCUGGUGCCAAUGCAGGUGUCUACGACCUGAAAGCGAUGGCGUUCGAAACGACUGAAAGCAUGGUCAGAGCGGGCAAGUAA